AUGUCUAAUAAAGAUUACUACAAGCAAUGGCUUCAACUAAAGGAACAUAUACAAAAGACUGCCGCGGAGGACGAGCGGCUUCAAGAAUUGGCUACAACAUCUAUAGGUAUCAAACCUCAAGCAACUGCUGUCGAAAUAGUUGCUCGAGUCUAUUGCAAGUACUGUGAUAUUUACAACAAGUUAUGUGAUUGUUAUGAUCAAAUGGAGCAAGUACAAAGACGGCCAUAUAUACGAAAAAUUAUUGACGCCAUCACAUGUAGACUUCUUGAGCUAAAAUUAACUUUAGAAGAGGUGGAAGCGUUUGAAUUCACCUAUCCUGAUAAUGCCUUACAACAACUGUUGAUGGUGCCACAAGAUAUCGAAAUAAUGUGCCCCUUUCACUACCCUUUUGAGAUAAGAGAAGAAGAAAUGCAAUUUAUUAUUGAUCAAAUCUUCGCUGGCAAUAGAAUCGGUGACCCAUCACCUACUCCAUCAGAAAUUGAGCGUAAAGAAGAGGAAAGAUUAGAGCAAGAGGCUCGGAUGAGAGAAGAAAAAGAAGCAGAAAUGAAGAGAAAAAUGGCUAUGGGCGAAGAUAUUUCAGAUGCUGCGUCAUCAGUUCAACUGUCACCACAAGAAUUAGAGGAAAUGCGAUUGUUAGCUGAAUAUAAUGAAUGUGUUAACAACAUACAGAGGAUGGAGCGGUCGCGAUAUCUAGUGCGAGAAAAGACCAAAAAAUUCAAUAAAGAUGUAAACUUGUAUUUGGAAUUGUCAGGUAUGAAAAAACCUCCUGCACGUGAAUCAUUUCGAAUUCGAGCUGCAACCAUAAUACAAAGUACAUAUCGCAAGUUUAUGGAGAUAAAGCGAUUUCGACUUCGAGACAAUAAUUUAAAAAAUAAAUUAGGUAUGAUUAUACCAUCUUGGGCUCCUCCUUCAGCGAAAAUUCUUUUAGAAAAAGUUAGAGAAGACAGAAGAAGUUUCAGACGUAAAUAUUACCAGAAGUGGUUAGAAGAAAAUAUAAAAGAAAACGCCCGUGUUCUUAGAUUAAGAGAAGGUCAAAUUAUGGAAGACAUAUCGGAUGAGAUCAGACAAUGGUUUAGGGAAUGGUAUAAUGAGGUACGUUUAUUUGACGAAUUUCCUUAUCCCGACGAAGGAGGUUCAAUAUUGAUCGUAAAGGGUGAGACAUUUACGAUUGAAGAAUAUAUAGAAUGGAGGUUAGAAGAAGAUAAAAGACUUAAAGCAGAAGCUGGAAGUCCAAAAUCUAAGGAACAAAUUAAAGCAGAAAAAAUUGCAGCAAAAGAGGAAAAGAAAAGAUUAGAGGCAGAAGCUAAAAUAAAGGAAGCUAAGCGGUUGCUAGAUUAUAAAAAAUCACGCCUAAAUCCAGAUGGUGACCCAGGAAUUUACUUACGUAUUGGAACUGCGAUAGAACCUGUACGUGAGGCUUGGGACCUCUAUCAAAAUCAAUGGAAAGAAUACGACAUUGCUGAUGCGCCCAUAGAAAUAUUAAAAGGUUUCAUAAAACAACUAAUUACUGAAAAUGCAUAUCAAGAUGUCCAAUUUAAAUUGAGGCCUAUUGUUGAUGAUAUGAUGAGAUUAGAGCUAAUACUAUUACGUAACGCUUUAAAAUUAGACUAUCAAGCAGCGGGUAUUCAGAAGCCACCACAGAGUAGAAAAAGAAAGAAACCUAAAAAGGUCAAACCUCCCAAACCGGAUAAGCUAUCACCCGCUGCAAUGUUUCAGAUGUUGGUGGAUGGAGGCAUUGUCCGAAAAUACCCACGUACGACUCUGGAAGAUUAUUGGGGGGACAGAAAUUACGCUGCUGCCGACACUAGGGCUGUCCUGUGGACUCCAACGUUCCCACCUAAUUGUAUUGGCGACGUCAAAGAACUAAUAAGAGUAAGAUGUAUUCUAACAAUGGGCUCGUCGUGUCCGAACGCGGUUAGAUCACAAUUAUUAAUAGGGCCUAAAGGUUCGGGCAAGAGAACGCUAGUCUACGCAAUUGCCACUGAAACUAACGCUGUACUAAUUGAUCUAUCACCAAUGAAUGUGUACAACAAAUUUCCGGGGCCUAAGAAUUUAAAAACUAUGUUCCAACUUGUGAAUAGAAUUAGCAAAUUAAUGCAACCAACCGUUAUCUUGGUAGAUAAUGCGGAUAAACUGUUUUAUAAGAAGGUUCCAAAGGAGGAGAAAAUGUUCGAUCCAACGAGGUUAUCCAAAGAUUUCUUUAAAGAGGUCUUUAAACCCAUUCUCCCGGAUGAUAAAAUAUUGAUUAUAGGAACAGCUUCAGAGCCUUGGCUGGCUAAGAACCCGCCGAUGUAUAAGGUAUUUCCUUCUACAAUAUUAUUGCCUAGAUCGGACUAUGGCAGCAUAUCGUAUGUGUUAUCGAAAAUGUUGAUGAAAUACCACGGAAUGGACAGGGAAUUUAACGUGCAUAGUGUAGCCCAAGCACUUAGGGGGUAUGACAUGAACACAAUUAGGAAAUCAGUAAAUUCUCUUUUGAAUGGAAAGAGAAUAGCUGAAUUGUACCACAAGCCGCUGCAACCAGCUGAAGUCGUUGAGGCCGUUUUAAACUGUGAAGGUGGUGUUUGUACUGAUGCUGAGGAUUACGACAUGUACAAGCAGUGGUAUUUGUCCUAUUCACCAUGGGGCACGAAAUAUCUAGAUUACAUGCAAAUGCUAGAUUCGCAACUAACCUAUAAACUUAAAGCCGAGAAGAAGAAAAAUUAA